ACGGGCCUCGUGCGCCUCGGCCAACCGCCCGCCCGCCGCCCGCCCCACGCCCCGGAGGACCCGGAGCUUCCGCGGGGGCCGCCGCCAUGCCGAAGAAUAAAGGUAAGGGAGGUAAAAACAGGCGACGUGGUAAGAAUGAAAAUGAAUCGGAAAAGAGAGAGCUGGUGUUCAAGGAGGACGGACAGGAAUACGCCCAGGUGAUUAAGAUGUUGGGGAAUGGUCGAUUGGAAGCCAUGUGCUUUGAUGGCAUAAAGAGAUUAUGUCACAUUAGGGGGAAGCUUAGAAAAAAGGUUUGGAUAAAUACAUCAGACAUCAUAUUGGUUGGUUUACGAGAUUAUCAGGAUAACAAAGCCGAUGUCAUUCUAAAGUACAAUGCAGAUGAAGCCAGAAGUUUAAAGGCAUAUGGGGAACUUCCAGAACAUGCUAAAAUCAAUGAAACGGACACAUUUGGUCCCGGAGAUGAUGAUGAAAUCCAGUUCGAUGACAUCGGCGAUGACGAUGAGGACAUUGAUGACAUCUAAAUUGGGCUGAAGGUUUUCCAUUCCGAGUUUUCCGAGGAUCGUCCGUCAUUGGUAUUUUGAUUUGAAAGUUUUGGCAGCCCCAUCCCGAAGACUGAAACGUCAUUCGCAUGACAGCUGUUUUGUUAAAGCAGACUGACUUAUUUUCGAUGUUUUAAAGUAUUUAUAUUUCUUUAAAAGCUGAUAGUGCCGAAUUAUCCCGAGUGACGUACUCAACUCAUUUUGUCCUUAUUUGCUAAACAGGACUUUCCAAACAUUUGGAGAAACGGUCACAUCACCUGCUGCGUUCUUCUGCCUUUCCUACCUUCACCUCCUUCCCUUCCAGAAUUUGAUAUGUGCGUGAUGGUGUGCCCUUUAAUCAUGGAAUUUUGAUUGAGUCCGACUUGAAAUCGGUACCUUCUUAGUGUCCAGAGUGACUACUUCUCUGCCUAGAUGUGCACCUGACAUUUUGAUUAAAACUCGAAGGGAGACUGAAAUCUGUAUUGGAAGUCAUAAUGCAUGGAUCCGCGUUUGGUGGUGUUGGGUUUUUUUUUUUUUUUAAGCAUGUGGCUAUUUUUAUACCCACGUUGAUGUCACCGAACUCCUUUCCUUCAGCCACCUUGUCUGUUGCCCCCCUAGGGGAGUAAGCACCUCUGAAAUGCCGUUUUAGGACCGGCCUGGCUCUCUCGAGUAGAAGUGAAAUUGAAAAAUGGAAAUUUUUAAGCAAAGUCGUUUGGGGAGUUGAACGUCUGGCGGCACUAAAUUAAUUUUAGGUGGAUCGACAGGUCUUGAGUUUUUUCGUACUAAAUAGAUACACAUCUUUUCCCCCGACAGAACUAAAUGGUGAAUUACCUUGAAUUUUGAUGAUCAGCAAAUGUGUAGGCUAUUUUUUAUAGUAAAGAGGAUGAAAAACUUUAACCUCCCAUCUCAUUUUAACCUUCAAAGUUCUGUACACCCGAUGCAAUGAUUUAAAGUUGGUCCUCUGUUACCCUCGAAUUCCCAAUUGUGCAUUGUGAACUCUCAUUUCCUGGUGUGCAAACCGAGCUUGGCCCAGAACUAACUGCGGAAAAACUCAUGGAAAGAUGUCCUCCCGUUUUCAGGCAGAAAAAAGUAUAAUAAAAACUAACCUCGACCCUUGGAGAUCAGGCAGGUGCUAGCCUUGCUUUGUGGUCUGAAAGUUCUGUACUCGACCCGCUACCUUCUGGAAAUGGGGAGAAUUUGGUUUCCCGUUAACCUUUUAAAAAAAAAAAAAAAAGCUUGACAUUUCUUCAACAUCAGCUAAUAAUUGGCAUUCGUGUCAAGGGUUUGGAUUACAGAACAUAAUCAGGUUUUCAUCUUUUGCAACUGAAGAAAGAGCCCCGCUAUAUUAUAAUUUAUGAAAUCGGCACAUACGCCUUAUGGUGUUUUGAGAAAUAUUAAAAGGGGGUAGGGAGGAAAGGAUCAGCCUGCAAGGUUUUGAUAUUUGUUUCCUCUUCUGGGUAUGAAAAGUCCAAACAAAAAUGAGUUUGAGCAAAAACUAUGAACUAAAAGGGAGACAAACUUUCUGUGGCUUGUCACCAAGAAGGAAGAACAUAGGACCUUUUUUUAAAAAAAAUUAGGAAUUCAUGUGUUCAUCCUUCAGAACUGCCAACACAGUUUGUGCUGCUCGCAUAGUCGGUGUGAAGCAGGUGUCUUUGGGGUAGGGAAAGUAGAGGGGGGUACUUUGUGUUAGUGAGUGGGGUUUUUUGAAUGGGAAAAAUGGUUUAUAAGGAAACCAGAUUUUUAAAAAGGCAUUUUCUUCUUAUACGGUGACUUUCCUAAAAUGAUUAGGAUGACGUACAUUGAGAGAACCUUUUUCAGAUGACUAGACGAUUUGUUCUCAGAUGUACCUAGGUGUACUGCAGAUACGAUAUUUAUACAUGAAAACACCCCAUGUGUACACAGGGGCUUCACCGACGGUGGGCACCGAUCCUACGCAUACACAAUGAGAUGUCCUGUGAGUUGUAUCUGGGAUUUGGGGGGCCAAAAGCGCCCUGUGUACUAAACCAUUGAGAGACUCAUUUGUAAUACAUGUGUUGUGGGCCAAAUCGAGUGUACACGUGGCUUUGUGUUUCUGGUUACCGCUCCAGAAAGAAAUGGAAUGUGUUCACGCACAAUACACUGGACCCUUUCGUGACUGAAACCCCCUUUUGUCUGGAGGGAACCCUGUACCGUGUGAAAGCGAAGCUCAUGUCUAGCAGUAAAUACGUGGCUGAUGAGACCACGUCAUCCAGAGUCCGCAGGCAUUUGGUAGGAGUAUAUUUUCCGGGCAGUUUUUUUGCCGUACUCCUGAAUGCCUUCCCAGCUGCAGUGAAGUGGUUGGUUUGCAAAAGUUUAGAGACUCCCAUGUAAAGGCUGCUGAUUCAAUUCUUCAAUUAUGUUCAAGGCUAUUAAAUCGUUUUUGCUGAA